AGCCUGUCGGUUACCGCCCACAAAGUUACUCAGCCAGGUGACAGCUGAGCCCGCUGCCCUCAACGCGACUGAACCCAACGCAGCAUAUAACAGACGAGACAACGACGUCCCGCCAGCGCCAGGUCACUUAUUUGUUGUGAUUAUUAACCGUUUUCACGCGGAAGCAUCUCUUCCGCUCGCUGCUGGAGAGAAGUUAGCUAGCAGCAGGAGAGAACAUCGUCAACGUUAGCUCCUCUGACGUUACUACCGGGGAGAGCGUUCAACGGUUGUUGCUAUCUCGGACCAGAGUUUUUUUUUUUCUUCAUUUUUUGACAGACACCGUCGACAUGUCGGAUCUGUCCGGGGAGGCGAAGCUGGAGGUGAAACAGGCGAGCAAAGAGGUGAAAGAGAGCGAAAACGUAGCGGAAAAAUACUCCGCUAUGACCGUAAGCAAGAACAGCGAAAUGAACAUGGGAGAGCUGUCGUCCGCCUUCAGCGCGGUGCCCACUCACAAACCAGUCAAAAAGCAAAUCCAGUUUGUGGAGGACAAGCAGGAGUUCAGCAGGUUCCCCACCAAGGCCGGCCGUCGCUCCCUGUCCCGCUCCAUCUCCCAGUCCUCCACCGACAGCUACGGCUCCGCCGCGUCCUAUACGGAUAGCUCUGACGAUGAGACCUCACCUCGGGACAAAACUCAGGUGAACUCCAAGGGAAGCAGCGACUUCUGCGUCAAGAGCAUCAAACAGGCUGAAUUUGGAAGACGUGAGAUUGAGAUCGCAGAACAAGAUAUGUCAGCGCUGAUCUCACUCAGGAAGAGAGCGCAGAGUGAGAAGCCGUUGGCAGGUGCCAAAAUAGUAGGCUGCACCCACAUCACUGCUCAGACCGCAGUGCUGAUUGAAACUCUGGCGGCUCUCGGGGCUCAGUGCCGCUGGACUGCAUGUAACAUUUACUCCACACAAAAUGAAGUGGCUGCUGCUCUGUCAGAGACCGGUGUGGCGGUGUUUGCCUGGAAAGGGGAGUCGGAGGAUGAUUUCUGGUGGUGCAUCGACCACUGUGUCAACACUGAGGGUUGGCAGCCCAACAUGAUCCUUGAUGACGGAGGAGAUUUGACGCACUGGGUGUACAAGAAAUACCCCAACGUAUUCAAGAAGAUCAGGGGCAUUGUAGAGGAGAGUGUAACUGGGGUUCACAGGUUAUAUCAGCUGUCUAAAGCUGGAAAACUGUCCGUACCGGCUAUGAAUGUAAAUGACUCGGUGACAAAGCAGAAGUUUGACAACCUCUACUGCUGCAGAGAGUCCAUCCUGGACGGGUUGAAGAGAACCACAGAUGUCAUGUUUGGAGGAAAACAGGUGGUCGUAUGUGGGUACGGAGAGGUUGGAAAAGGUUGUUGUGCUGCUCUGAAAGCUCUCGGAUCUGUCGUCUCUAUUACAGAGAUUGAUCCCAUCUGUGCCCUGCAGGCCUGCAUGGACGGAUUCAGGGUGGUCAAACUGAAUGAGGUCAUUCGCCAGGUUGACGUCAUCAUCACAUGCACUGGGAACAAGAACGUGGUAACCAGAGACCAGCUGGACCGCAUGAAGAAUGGCUCCAUUGUCUGCAACAUGGGCCACUCCAAUACUGAGAUUGAUGUGGCAAGCCUUCGGACCCCCGAGCUGACCUGGGAGAGAGUGCGCUCCCAGGUGGAUCACGUAAUUUGGCCUGAUGGCAAAAGAGUCAUCCUUCUGGCUGAGGGUCGUCUUCUUAACCUCAGCUGCUCCACUGUUCCUACCUUUGUCUUGUCCAUCACAGCCACCACCCAGGCCUUGGCCCUGAUAGAGUUGUACAACGCUCCCGAGGGACGAUACAAGCAGGAUGUUUACUUGCUUCCCAAGAAGAUGGAUGAAUAUGUUGCCAGUCUGCAUCUGACCACUUUUGAUGCCCACCUGACGGAGCUUUCUGAUGACCAGGCCAAGUACCUGGGCCUGAAUAAGAAUGGCCCUUUCAAACCAAACUACUACAGGUAUUAGUUUGCAAGGGAACCACAGCUCAGCUACCAUCAAAGAAAAGAGAAAGAUUUAUGUAUUUAGUUUUUCAUACUUUUCACACGAUGCAAAGUUUUUAUUGAGUUGUAUUUUACUGACUACGUUAGAUUUUGCUUCACUUGCUGUUCAGAACUGCACACGGCACCCAGCUUGAUAUGAAAAUUCAGUGUAACUGAAGCACUUCUAUCUGCUGUUCAGUUAUUAUAUUUUCUACCAUUAUUGUCUGUUUCCAAAUCUGCGUGCCCUGAUGUUAUUUUAGUGCUUCUAUUGAUGUUGAUUAAUGUGUAAUGUGUGUUUUGUGCCAAAUGACUGUGAUAGAGAAGGGCUGAAGUUGUUGUAAAAUGCUUGUGAUUAGUUGUUAAAACCCUCUUAAAGUGAUUCCCUUAAUAUAAACAUAUUAUAUUCCUCCACUUGAAAAUCCAAACCCAUAAAACUAAAACUCUGAGGUUUUUAGCAGCUGUUGGCUCCCUGCUUUGUCUCUCUCAUCAACUUUUACACAGAGCCACUGGCAGCCAAUAAAGAAGUCAAGCUCCAAUUCUAUUUCUCAGGAGUAUGUGAACAAAAUUACCUUUAAUUGGUCAGGUGACAAAAAAAUUGAUUCCAAUUAGUGGCUGGUGUGUGUAUGCUGGGGGCAUAAGUAAGCGAUUAUUUGCUGCCGAACAAGCCAUAAAUACUUGAUAAUCUGAUUGCAAAUCAGGAAUGUUUGUUUCUCUCCGCUAGUGGUCAAAAAUCCCUUAAUGCAGCUUUAAAGUAAUGUGGCGAUGUUCACUUACUUCUUACAUUCCAUCCCCAAGAAAUGUCCCGUUCUGUAGUAUUAUUCACAUUAUAGAAGAAUAAGACGAUUACAGACAUAAAUUGGGCUUUAUUUUCAAGAAUGAUUUUUCCUUUUACGAGGUUUUGGUGUUUACCAAAUCAGCAAUGUCUGAAGUUAGUGUCCAUGUCUAUUCUCAACUGUCAUUUACAUUAAAAGAUUAUUUACAGUGGAACUGUAAAAUAUGUUACCUGUCCAGAGUUAGUUGAUUAUUGCAGCUAUUUACAUUCUGUGUAAAUAUCACGUCAUAGACGACAUGUUGAGCUGUAUGUUUAUGCUGUGCAUGUUGCAGCAGCUGACCAGCCGCCCUCAUUAUUGUAUUUGCUGAAUUGCAACAUUGAGUUUAUUGUUCGAUUUGUCAGAGGAACUUACUCACGUAAUAACUAGAGGCUGUCUCUUUUUCUGUUGAAAAUUCUAACUGAGUUUUUGUGACAAACUAGUUUUGUGAUGCUUUUCCCUGUUCAAAAAGCUAAGAACAGAUUUUGUGAGGCUUGUUACAUGCACAAAGUCAUUAUGCCACUUUUACUUCUACUACUACGUAAAUUUAACACAAAUAGUCUAUUUAGCUGAGUGAUUCUUUUUUUAAUUCAAACUAUAUACUCUGGAGGUAGUAGUUGUGUCGUGCUAAUUUUUUUGCUUUUCAACAUGCUGUUUAUCAUGCGCAUGGUCUGUUGGCCAAAUCUUACACCAAACUGUUGACAGCAUUACUGUCCCGGAUGAGGGUUGAGAACCGUGUUACCUUUUUAAGGUGUUUCAUCAUGCUUCACCAAGCCGUACCCACAGAAAUACAGUGUUUCCUGUAUUUCAUCUUUGUGAAUUUUAGCCAACACAGUCUCAUCCCUUGCUCCGGCUGUUUAAUUGUCUGUUAGCCAACGGGAUGCUGCUAUAAAAUCCUUUCAUCUUUGCACUAGGACCUUUUUUAAAAGCAUCAGAGUUUGAGGACGUCAUUGUAAGCAAGAUAAGCGCUGUGACUGUGGUUACUGGUCAGUUGACAGUGCCUUGUGACUCACUUACUCAUUUAUAUUCACAUGUAUUACUGUUUUCUGAGGGAUGUCCCUAUUGUUAUUUUGCAAUAUACAGUGAUCGCUAUGCAGCAAAACCAACUCUCCAAUGGUUGGGCUUUACUAGAACAAUAGGCAUUGCUGUAAGAUGACUAAUGAUUCAAAACAUUAGUGGACCACAUUUAUAGUCUUGAUCAAUUUAGAUUUUUUUUUUGAUUUCUUGUAAAAAUCAGGCAUUUUAAAUAGUUUGCAGUGGUCACUUAAAAUAGGUCUUUAACAUGUUUUAACUAAUUUGACCCUUGUUGUAAAUCUAUUAUAGAGACAAAUGAAUGUAUUCUUAGUGGAACAAACAUCUUGACGCUUGUAAAAUUGAACCAAAUAAGCUCCUUUGUGAUUUGACUGCACACUGCUAAUUGUUUGAAGUUUUUGACGUUGAGAUGAGUGUUUGUUUGAAGAAUUACAAAGUAAUUACAAAAGCAGGUUAUUUUCGACAACACAAUUUUGGCAGUGUGCACACCCUGCUAGAUUUAUUUGCACAGUUCCCUUUAAUAAAAUACUUGUUUAGAUUUAAAA